UAUCCUGAUACCGCCCCCUGGCUUCCGCCGCCUGGGCUGGACUCAGCUCUCCGCGGAAUGGCCGGGCGGACGGACCGGGCGCCGCUGCUGGACUGGGCUGAGGGUCCGGGUUUGAGUCCGGUUCCCGAAGUCGAGCAGACGGACAAGUGGCCCCGUGGCUACGGAGCUAGCUGGAGUCGCCAACCCGCGGGGGAGGUAUCCCCGCCACUGCCGCAGCUAGAAGACGAUCACAUAAUAGCGGUUUUUGUGGUCACCUUCGAUCCACGCAGCGGUAACAUUGUAGAAUGGUGCUUGCCUCAAGAUAUAGAUCUAGAAGGUGUCGAGUUCAAGUCCAUGGCCAGCGGCUCCCAUCGCGUUCAGUCCGAUUUCAUUUACUUCCGUAAAGGUUGCUUCUUCGGCCUGGCAUGUUUUGCCAAUAUGCCUGUGGAGAGUGAGCUGGAGAGAGGAGCUCGUAUGAAGUCAGUUGGCAUCUUGUCUCCGUCCUACACACUUCUGUACCGCUACAUGCACUUCCUAGAGAAUCAAGUUCGACACCAACUGGAAAUCCCUGGGCACUACACGCCAUUGGAGGCCUUCUAUGAAGACAAGAAGGGGAUCUUGCCAGCUGGGAUGGGCACACAAGGCUGCCAACCUACAGUGCAUUGGCUAUCAUCUAUCCACAAGCAUAUGUACCCAGAGAUGAAGAUUACACAUCCUGCCGGCUGCAUGUCACAGUUUAUUAAGUUUUUUGGGGAGCAGAUAUUCGUCCUCUGGAAGUUUGCUCUGCUCAGGAAACGCAUCCUCAUAUUUUCACCCCCUCCCGUCGGUGUUGUAUGCUAUCGAGUAUAUUGCUGCUGCUGUCUUGCUAAUGUUACCCUCCCGGGCAUUGGAGUGACUGCCCCGGAGUGCAAGCCAUUCUUCUAUGUGAACGUGGCAGACAUAGAGACUUUAGAUGACGAGGUUUCUUAUGUAGCUUGUACCACAGAGAAGAUAUUUGAACAGAAACAAGAUCUCUAUGAUGUUUACGUUGACAACCAAAAUGUGAAAACGCACGUUGACCACCUCCAGCCCCUCCUGAGGAUCAACAGCGCUGAUAAAGAGAAGUAUCGAAGGCUUAACGACCAGAGGCAGCUUCUGAUGUACACACAAGAAGUGGAUGGUGACUGCAGUUCCUGUGAGGAGGAUCUUUUUAUUCUCUUCUUUAUGGAGCAAAACAACCGAAUAUUUCAGACCCUCCUGGAGGUAGCAGCUAGCCAGGACAAGACUCUGACAGCUGACCAUGCUCGCAGCAUGGGCCUAGAUCCACAGGGUGACCGAUGCUUCCUCAUGGACCUUCUGGAAGUUUAUGGCUUUGAUCUCAUGCUGGUUAUUGACAACCCCUGUUGUCCGUGACACUCCUCCAAGGGACCAAUGUGGAGAGCCUCCUCUUCUUUCUUGUAAAUAAUCUGUGUAUGUGAAACACUCAGACUGCGCCACAUAUGAAGAUGAGAUGCUUGAUGGGAGCACCUUCACCUGCCCUGGAGUUGAACACACACGACAUGCAAUAAUAACACUCCAGCUGCUAGGAUCCGACAGAUAAUUCCACUAUUAAAUAUUUAUUUAAGGGAACAAUCAUCUUAAAAGGCACAAGUUGUAAGAAUGAAUUUAUAGAGAUUUUUUUUUUGUCACCUAAAUACUUCAGUCAUUCUGGCAUCAACAUUUCUGCAUCAAAUGUACAUAUUUAAUAUUAUUAUUACAUUAAAUCCAACAAAUGAAACGGGCAGAUAACUCACAGCCUUACUAAAUAAAUAAAUAUGAGUCCAUUUUUUUCUUAAUAUUUUAUAAUGGAUUCAGGAAGAUAGUUAAGUAAGUGAAGUAUAUAUUAAAGAGAACAGACUGUGGCUGUGUCCAACGGUAUUAAUUACUGAAAAUUAAUAUAAUAUCUUAGCAAUUUUUCACAUAUCGCCUGCAGAGAGAGCUGGUCUGGCCCUAUGUCCAAUACUGUCUGUCCUGCCACGUGGAUUCAAUUGCAAUUAUAUGAUCGAGUACCCAGGAGCGAGGUAAAACUAUAUGUAAAGUUUAUGAAAGAGAAAGUUAUAUAUUUUGGCCAGUGUCCAUAUUUAUUUGCUUUGUGCUCUUUAAAUCCCAUCUCUCUCCUCUUUUAAAUGUAGAUAUUUUAAAAACAAAAAUGCAAUUUCGACAUUUGUUAGCAGAACUGAGCCUAUGAUUUCUGAUCUACUAAACUUAUGCUUCAAUAUGUUUUCAAGGAACAAAGAGCCUAAUGUAUUUUGUCACCCUGUUUGAGUUUACAAACAUAAUUUAUUACGAUAGAUCUAAGAGAUGUCAUUAAUAUUUGUUUUAACACAAUUCUAAAUCCAUCUUUCUGCAUUCCUUGUGAAUACAGCAAGGCAUUGGGUAGUAUAUUUUAAUGUAAAUAGUCACCAUUAGUGAUCUAAUUAUUUCAUUAACAAGUCUGUUCCAUAAUCGAGUUUGAGGAAAAUUGCAUCCACGAUGAUCUUUGGCGAAUAUGUAGCCUUAGUGACCUUAGGCCAGUGGCUGAAUUGACUGUUACAGUGAAGUUGUAUAUAUUUAAUGUCUUGAUUAAUGGGCCGCACCUGUCAUCUCAUUUUUUAUUUGAUGCCUAUCUUGUGGAUUUUUAACAGAAUAUGAAAUCUUUCAACAACUUCUGCACUUUUAAGAUGGUUUAAUUUAAUAAGAGUAAAGGUGGAAUUAUCUGUCUGCAAUCAGUGAUCUCUGUGCUCUGACCAGAGCUGUCAGACUCAUCCAUAAACUGAGAAAUCGGUCUGAGCAACCACAAGGACCAAAUUGAUUGAUUUCCCAGUGCAACACGGGAGCUAAACCACUGGAAUUUGUUUACUUUUUGAGAUUUUAUGUCUAUAAAAUGUACAUGGUUUUUACAGAGAAAUAUCUUGAGAUGAAGGGAUAAAUUAAUUUAUUGAAAUAAUUAUAAUACUAUGUGCUGCUCUCUUCUUAUUCUAAUCAAGUUCUGCACUGUGCUUGCAUCAGAGGGAAGGGUUCUAAGCGGAAUAUUUGUAGAGCCUCUUCUACUGCCUAUACACUUACUAUAUUCCUAUUCAGUUGCUGAAGAAAUCUAAUGCCUUUCCAAAGAGGAAGAAAGUAUAUAAAUACAUUAUUUUUAAAGAGUUGGCAGAAACCUUUUAUGUAAUCUAGUUGUGAUAUGAGGUCAUUCUUUAUGUCAAAAUGCUUAGAAACAAGCAGAUGGAUGCAGUUUAAGUGAUAGCAUGUUAUUUUUCCCUAAAGAAUGUUAGAUUGGAGUGGAAACAAAGCUAUGAAAAGAAAAAAAGAAAAAAUGAGAACGGUUAAUAUAGUGAUUUAAGACUAGAAAUCUAGAAUCUAUAUUUUGCUGGUUUAUUUAUUAAAUAGCAAUAGUUGUAUGUUAAAUGUUAGCAUUUGUCACUGUCUAGGCCCUCACCUUAAUGUAAGUAUCAUGAGCCAAGUACUGCAUCAUAUCCAGCUUAAGCAUUGAAAUGUCAGAGCAAAUCUGCUUUUUAUUUUAAAAUAUGGCAUUUCAAAUGUGGGGAUUUUAAAUGUUGCAAAGAUAAGGUUAAGUUUAACCCCCAGGCUAGCAAAUGACCCAAAACAUAUGGUUUAUUAACUAAUUUACUGAAAUUAAGAUUUAAUGUUAUAAUAUUUUAUAACCAAAGAAUUCAGAUAAAUGCUUAGACCCCAUACUUUUUAAUAUGUAGCUUUUACUUUUGUGAAUAAAUUUCAAUGUCUCCUACAAAAAAAAUCAAUAUUUUUUAUACCUAAAUAUUUCAAGAGAUUAAUCACUGCUGUCAAAAUGUAUAAGAAUGUAGGUUUCUUCAUUGCAUUCCAGGUUCAAAUGUUACCUGUGAUAUUGAUAAUAUAUGGAAAAGUUUAACCUGUCUAUUGAGUAUUGAAGAAAAUAGGCAUCCUUACAAGAAACAAGAAAGCGACCCAUAUCUAAUAUAUCUUUUCGAUACCUUUUUCUAAGCGUAGUUGUUUAACUAUUGACCUUUAGUAGUGAUAUCACAUAUUCUAGGAGAAUUUGUUAUACAGCUGCCUUUGUAAAUAAUAUGGUGUCUAUAAUUUUAUGUUGCACAAUAAUAUACUGUUUAAUUAUUGCUAAAUUAUUUCAGCAUAAAAGAGACUACAGUUUGUGGAUAUUCUUUGUCAUCAUGCACAUACUGUUUUAGUAGUCAGGGGCAAGUUGUUGCCCAAAGGCAGAGAAUUUCCAGACUCUCUUAUUUAUGUUCUAGAUUCCGUAUAGUUCCAGCCACUGACGUGUGUACAAUGGUUACGCCAGCUUUUUGUUACUUGCGGUACAAGUAGGGAUUGUAUUUUAUGUAAUGUGCCUGAUAUCACGCGGGUGAAAAAUAGUUGGAAACAGGGUUAUGAAUGUAAAUAUGAAGUGUGUUUGGAUAUUUCAUGCAACUGUGCAUAGCAUGUGCUGUUGUCAGAGUAUUAAAGAAACUACUUCUUUUUUUUGUAAGGGACUAAAAUGUCUAAACACUUAUGAUUAAUGGUCUUUUUUUCAUGGUGUGUGCACUUUGCCUUACAUCUGUGAACAUUUUAAAUUUAAUCAAUGCCACAAUUUCUUUUAAUGGAAUUGGGGUGUUAUUGUACACUGUCCCUUUAAGUCAAAACUAACGAGUCUUCCCUUUAAUUUGUUACCUGCUGGUGUGUAUUAAAGGACCACUAAACACAGAAGAAUAGCAUGAUCAAUAAAUGCAUAAUAAAUAGUUCAUGCAAAAGCACUUGGUUUGAAUUUCAUGCAAAUAGUAGUUUUUUUCUCUUCCCUCUGCAUCAUGUGACAGCCAUCAGCCAAUCACAAAAUACAUAUACCUAUAGUCUGUGAAUCUUGCACAUGCUCAGUAGAUGCUUGUGUCUCAGAAAGUGUGCAUAUAAAAAAAAUGUGCCUAUUUAGAUAAUGGAUAUGAAUUGAAAAGUUGUUUAAAAUUGUGUUAUAUCUGAAUCACGAAAGUUUAAUUUUGACUUUAUUGGUCCUUUAAAUUGUUUACAGACAGCCCUUUUACCUUUAUUUUAUCAUUAGAAAUAGCAGAUUUUGCCUUUUGUAUCCACACCUAUGCUGUAAAUUUAAAUUCUAGUUAUAGAAAGGCUAUGUAAACAAGGGUUAACAAUUCAUGCUCCCUGGUGUGUGGCAGGCAGAGAAAUACUAACGUUAAUUUUCCAUUGUUUUCUCUACGUAUUUGUCUCACUGUGUAUACAGUGAGAGAAGGAGAAUUUUGUGUAAAUGUAGAGAGAUAACCUUAUGCAUUCUCCUCUCCUUCCAAGCACAGCUUUUUUGAGGUUGUAGUUUAUUUUUGUAUAUGAAAUGCCUGAAGUCAAACUAAAAUUUGCAUGAGUGCAUUUACAUUUUAAAUAAAAAUGUAUUUGCAAUAUACUUUAGCAAAAAUGCUAGUAAAAGCAAAGAUGGUUUGUGGCAUAUGCACAUAUCCUGCUAUGCUGUCUGCACCAUUCUUGCAUAAACAGUGCAUAUGUGGUGGUGUGUAUGGCAUCAGCAAUGAUUUCAUUUGUAUGAUACAAUACUGAGCAUGCCUGGUGAGUGUGCACAUUGCAUUCCCAGUAGACAUUCAUAUGUCAUUGCAAAAAUGCUUCUACACAAAAUCGAAAUACUCGUGCACAUUUCAGUUUUGACUAUAAUGUCCCUUUAUUCAGUGUGCCACAGUCUGAAUUUUGUUCUUUAUACAAUGAAGCUGUAACUCAAAAUUACAUUUUUGAUUGGCGUGAAGUUUUCUUUUAGACCUCUUUAAAGCUGUCCGAAACGCCCGCGGCUGCACUUUGUAAUCCUGUCACAAACAUCGAAGAUAAUCUAGCCAAUUAAUCGAUUAAUCCUUUCCCCUUGUCUUGUAUAUAUCAUUAAUUCUAUAUACACACAUUUCCUGUUCAGCUCUAAUAAUGUACAUAAACCUUUUGUGUUGUCUUAUUGAUUAAAAUAUGUAAAGUGUAACAGAAUCUUAUUUAUAAAAUGUGUAUAUUUUGAAUAGA